CCAGAACUUUGCUUUCUGAAGGGGACACAGCAGGUGUGAGUCCUGGUGACUGCCAGUCCCUGUCUUAGAGAUGGCUCUGCAGACCCCCAGCCUCCUCUUCUCAGCAGCUGUGGUGGCGCUGAUGGUGCUGAGCUGCCCAGGAACUGAGGGCAGAGACUCCCCAAGGGAUUUCGUGAUCCAGUUCAAGUUCCAGUGCUACUACACCAACGGGACGCAGCGCAUACGGCUCGUGACCAGACACAUCUACAACCAGGAGGAGUUCAUGCGCUUCGACAGCGACGUGGGCGAGCACAUCGCGGUGACCGAGCUGGGACGGGACAUAGCCGAGGACUACAACAAGCAGUACCUGGAGCGGACGCGGGCCGAGCUGGACACGGUGUGCAGAUACAACUAUGAGGGGCCGGAGUCCUACAAUGGACUGCGGCGGCUCGAGCAGCCCAAUGUCGCCAUCUCCCUGUCAAGGACAGAGGCCCUCAACCACCACAACUUGCUGGUCUGCUCAGUGACAGAUUUCUACCCAGCCCAGAUCAAAGUGCGCUGGUUCCGGAAUGGCCAGGAAGAGACUGUGGGGGUCGUGUCCACACAGCUUAUUAGGAAUGGGGACUGGACCUUCCAGAUCCUGGUCAUGCUGGAGAUGACCCCUCAGCGGGGAGAGGUCUACACCUGCCAUGUGGAGCACCCCAGCCUGCAGAGCCCCAUCACUGUGGAGUGGCGGGCACAGUCUGAGUCUGCCCAGAGCAAGAUGCUGAGUGGCAUCGGAGGCUGCAUGCUCGGGGUGAUCUUCCUUGGGCUUGGCCUUUUUGUGUAUCACAGGAAUCAGAAAGGACCUCAGGGGCCUCCUCCAGCAGGGCUCCUACAGUGACUCAGAGUGUCUUGUGUGAGUUGACUGUCUCACACUGUAAGGCCUGCAGGUCCCUGCUCCAAAUUCCCAUCUGUAUCAGCCUGCCGCUCUUGGAUUCAGAGUCUAGCAUAAUGCCAGUGUACCCAGCUCUUGUGAUCUCGGAGUCUCCAAGUCUUUGUUGGCAGCUCUGCCCUGGGCUGAUUCCAGAGACACCAUCCAUUUACUGUAACACUCCAGGCUUUCUGUCUCUACUGUGCCACACAGGCUGCUGAAGAGAUGUGCUGAAACCAUCACCUCUUUUUCAUAAUUAAACAUUCUAUGAUUUAUUUGUA